AUGUCGGUGAUCCUCCUGGCCGUUUAUCUGCCAUGCGUCUGUGCUUUUGGAACGUCAAAGCCACUUAUCAACGUCGUCUGGUUUAAGUGCACGGAUCUACGGACGCAUGACCAUGCCGCUCUAAAGGCGGCCCAUUCAGACAAGCUGCCAGUGUUGCAUCUCUACGUUUUCGAUCCUUUUUGGUACGAGGGCAAGACGCGUCUGUGCGGCUUCCCAAAAACUGGAGUCUUGAGAACUCGAUUUCAAUUAGAGGCUGUGGAGGACCUUGCCAACAGGCUGGAAGCUAGAGGCCAUCGACUCAACGUGCGCACGAACGUAUCCACCGCUGAGUGUUUCAGAGAGCUUUGCAAAGACUAUUCUAUCAAUGCGGUCUUCGCCUUCCAUGAAGUUUGCAGCGAAGAGCUUCGCAUUCAGCGAGAGGUUCAGCAUGUGCUGCAUCAGAAUGGGCCAAGUCCUCUGCGACUUUACUGGGGCUAUGAGUUGCUUCACCCUGAGGACCUCCCCUUCGAUACAACCGACCGAGGGGCCUUCAAGGAGAUCGAGAUCUUUCUCGGCCGCGUAAAAGGUGUGGCUCCCCGGCCAUCUGCUCAACAACAGCCUGAUUUUGUAGCUGGUCCCGAGAAGGCCAUCCACUGGUGGCGAGCAAGCAAAGACAUUCCACUGGCAGAUGAGGUCAUGGGAAGCAACUACUUGGUGGCUGAGGAUCUUGGAAAGGAGUCUCGUUGGCAGGGAGGCGAAACUGCCGCCCUUGCACGGGUACAGGAGUAUUUGUGGGAUCAUGACCGGCUUGCCCUGGAUUAUGUCGGAGCAACAUCGGCGACGGGCUAUUGCAAGCACAUCGGCCGCUUGUGCACUGGAUGGUUUCUCAUCUCCGACUUAGGAAUCGACUGGCGGAUGGGAGGAGAGUGGUACGAGUCCAUACUUGUCGACUAUGAGCCAGCUUUAAACUGGUUCAACUGGGUUUAUGGUUGCCUGGAACCUAUCAACCCUCAUAAAGCCCAAGCGCGAGGGCAGCAACAAUGCCGGGAAAUAUUGGAGGCCGGAAUUGUGCAUGACCCCGAUGCCGCUUACAUCAAACGAUGGAUUCCGGAGCUGUCCCAGCUACCACCACUUCUCGCAAGGGAGCCAUGGCGUCUAAAUCCAGAGGGCAUCCGAUGGGCAUCAAAGUCGACAAGCCUUCGAAAGAUGCCUUUUUUACGGGGCUUCCAGGCUCCGCCUGUGGUGGAGCAAGGUGGAAAAAGGCCAGAAGGAUCUGUGGAUCACUCUGGUGACACUUCCUUCCCAGGCCUUCAGCUAUGGCGAAAGCUGGUCUCAUUUCUCCUUCCAAAGUUGUCUGGGCUCUUCCCUGCUCGUCUUUUGCCAAGAGCUGGAGCUUCUCUGCGGUCAUUUCGCUAUGGCGUGGACUACCCUGAGCCUGUCAUCCAGCCGAUUUCAUUGAUGGAUGCAGAGAGGGCAGAGGCACAGGUUCGCGCUGCCCGGGCCAUUUCCAAGCAGCAACGAGACGAGGCGUCUCCCUCGGACUUGGAAUUGUUGCGGGUGCCGGUGGAAGUCGAGUCCCCGGUGUCCCCGCCGGCGUUGAGAAGCCGUCAGAUCGAGGUGCAGGACACGCUGAUCAUCAGGGAUGACCUGGAGCAGCAAAAGUCUGCAGUGCAGAAGCAAGGCUGGGCAAGCGCGCAGAACACCUCGGCGCCUCCGACUGCCGCGAGCGCCCCUGAGGACAAGGAUGGUGCGGGGAGGCCACAGUGCGGGGUUCAGGAGUUUAGGGUUUAG